AUGGACUUAUUUACGCUCCUAUUUUUGUCACUGAUUUCAUCCUAUGAUUGCAUUAUAUACUCCCGACCAUCCUCCCUUUUAAACUUUAGCAACAUCAAUACCACUGAAAUCACAAUCAGAGAUUCCAACCAUCAUAGUUAUCAAGAGCAUGAAUAUACACCGAAAAGUGGUGUACAGAUUUAUAAAGUGACAGAUGGCUUUGGCGUUGUGUGGGAGGAUAAACAAAAACUGAAUCCUUGUUUAGGUGCAACGACACUUACCAAAAACCACUUGAUUCACCUGAUACACCUUAGAAUAAAAAGAACUUCUAAAAAAGUUGAAGAUAAGUAUUACAAGAGAUUGGAGUCUAAAUUUGUGAAUAUAUCCGAUAAAGAGUACGAUAUCCUUAGAUUGGAUACCGACCAACUUACUGACAAUUCCAUCUACUUUGACAUAAAUUCAAAAGAAAUAGAUGAGCAUUUGUUUAAAACUACAAUUAGACCAUUCGAUGGAGUCCCUACUCUCCUAUUACAGCCUCUUCCCUCUUAUAAAUUAGUAGCAAUUUAUGAUGAUUUUAGGACUGUGUGGUCCAAAAAGUCCACCCAAGUAUAUGUCGAAAAACUAAUCGCAUACUAUUUUUUCACCAAGUAUUAUUUAAUUAUGUUAAGUAUAAAUGUAAAAGAGGAAACCAAAUAUCUUUGUUUUAUGUUUAAAGACGGCAAUUGGUUGGAAAUUGAGUACUAUACAUUUAUGAAUAAAUUCUUGAGAUUAAAAUCGCACAUACCAAUAACAGGUCACCUUUCAUUUGACAUUUUGAAUCUUCCCGAUGACCAGGAUUAUUCCAUAGAAAAGGAUGAAAAGUAUAGUAUUGAAUUAGCUACUUAUUAUCCUCGCAGAGGGUUCGUUUUAAACAGUGUUCUCAAAGGUGAACACAUAAUUUGGGAGUCUGCCACUGAAAGGUGUGUCUCCAUAAGAUUAGUUAAAAAGAAAGGAACCAUUUACGGUAUUAAUUUAUCACUAAAUGAUGAUCGAGAAAACCAUACAACUUUGAAUUUUGUCUUCGAUGAUUAUGUAUUCAAGUCUGCCACAGAUGAGGAGUUUAAAGAGUUUGGUAAAAAGCUCUUAGACCCCUCAGAUUACCAAAAAUAUCAAGAAGAGCGUGGUAAAAAUAAACCUCCAGAAUCUCAGGAGGAGCCAGAAGUCAUUAUUGAAGAACCUGAGGGAGAUCAAGAAGAGGAUCAAGCUGAAGAAGCCGAAAUUCCCAAAGAAACACAUAUUCCCCAAGGAUCAGAAAUGCCAGAGGAAUCAUAUAUUCCUAAGGAAACUUCAACUCCACCAGAAUCCACUCAAAGAGGAGAAUCUUCUGAUUCUAAAGAACAUGAAGAUUCAACAGAGUCCACUUUUCAUGAAGAACACACAAGUGAUGGAGAUUCUGUGCCACAGCUUUUGGAUAUAAGCAACUACAACACCAGAGUAUUCAUGAGGAAUAGCUUUAAUAUGGACAAUGUGGACACUUUUGAAUUUUUACCAAUGCCCAAAGUUAAAGUUAGCUCAAUUAUUGACGGUUCUAUGUUUAUUUGGGAAAACUCUAAGCAAGCCCAUUCAUUCAGUAAGUUGUAUGUUCAUUAUAGAAAUGAUCUCUCACAAUUACUCAAGUUGGUAACUCAUGUCAAGACCGGUGAAGUAUAUACUUUUUUCAAGAGACACAAUGCAGGUUUUUUGUCCAUUCCAUCUUCUGAUUACGACUUAUUAUUUGAUAAAAUGGGAAAUUCAAUCAAUCUUCUAGACAACUCAAUACUUUUAAAUCUUUCCACUACUCCUCAAGAAAAGUAUUUUGAUUAUUAUAACGAGUAUGACGACGGAGUUAAUAUAUCAAAACUUAUUACUAGAUCAACUUUUAAACUGUCAAAAAUAAUAGACGGACAGCAUGUUCUAUGGCACUCGACAACCAACGAGUCUUGUUCUAGCGUUAGUAGGAACAGAUUUUACAAAAACUCUGAACUUCUUGUACUGAACUUCUCUGGACUAUUAAGUUUCUCUACUAAAUUUUUUAAAAAGACAGAUGAGGGGUAUUCAGAGAUUGAUCAAAGCACUUAUAAUUCAGACUACAAAUCCUUGAAAGAUUCAAUCCCAUUCAUUUCAAACGUUAGUCUCAAUAUUAACUCAAGUCCAGGAGAAGUUAAUUUUCUUUACAACGAAUCCGUUGAGGGGAAAUUCAUUCAUGGGAAAUAUUACCCUAAAUCUGGUUAUGUUUUAAACAAGGUUAGCUCGGGAUCCAACGUUCUAUGGACCUCAACCAAGAACAGGUGUAAACAAGUUUCUGUUUUGUCCGGACCUAACUCUAAGAAGUUGGUCAGGCUCUUGUUUUCCAACUCAACUCUCCCAGAAUUAUACUUUAAUCUGGUGAAUGGAAAGUUUGUAAAAUUGAGAAAUUUUAUUGAAUUUGACUUCACUUUAAAGGAAUAUAAAAAGCCUGAAUCUGAUGUAGAUGCUUGUGCCUUUUGCAAAUCUCAACUCGAAAGGGAGUUUCUUCUGACUAGUGAUGUUCAGAAAAUUUACCUAAAUAUCAAUAUCGAUACUUCUAAUAUUUACACUUGUUUUGAAUCUGAUUUAGUUAUGAAUAAAAUAUUUGUCCCUAAAGAUGGUAAUGUGUUCACGAAUAUUACAGAUGGGAGUGUUAUUCUAUUUAAUUCUAAAUCAGAUUUUAAUCUAUGUGUUUACAUUCAGGUUUUUUACGGUAAUGGAAGUCCCAGACUCGCUAUAUUACGUACUUUGCCCAUAGAAACUUCCACAAAAGGUUCUUUAUCUUUUUUGGAACUUUCUGACUUAGUCAAAAAUAUAACUCCUGAGGAAUUUAAAACCAAGAUGGCAGAAUUAACUGAUGAACUAAACCGACUAAACCAGGCUCAAAACAAGAUUCCCCUAAACAUAUCUUCACCAGGCACAGAAUAUAGUGAGAGGGAUGAUAGGUUCAGAGGACUUAAUUUCAAAGAAUUCAGGACAAAGGAAGGCUAUUUUUUCAGCAAAAUUAUUUUUUCAAAUGAUUUAGUCUACUCUCUUGAUUCAGAUGAAGAUUGUGUUUCAGUUCGUAUUUACUUUUUUUUAAAAUUUCCCUAUUUAGUUGAGUUAGAGUUCUCUUUGGUGGACUCAAAGAAUACUAAGCUUUAUUUAUACAGAUAUUCCAAUGAUUUUAUCACUUUAGAUUUUGAUCACUUUAACAAUUUACUAAGAUCGAUUUCUGGUUUGGUUUCAAAAUGUGUAAUUUUGGAUUUGGGAGACUAUAAUUCAACAAACCGAUUUGAAAUGCCAGACCCUGAAACAAAUUCUGAUUGUAAACUGAAUCACAAAUUAUUUUCUUCCUCAUACAUAUAUUUUACUGAGAUUAAUUCAAGGAAUAUGGUAGUUUGGAGAAUCACUUCUGAUUUGUUUUUUGCCAAAAAUGUAAAAGUUCACUAUCUCGACAAGAAUCCAUAUUUAAUUAAAAUACUACUCCAAAAUCUGGACAAUGACGAAACUAACCUUUUUUAUGAGUACAAUAAAAAUACUUGGAAUAGCAUUAAUUACACUGAAUACACUAAUAAACUAAACAAACACUCAACAUCUGGAAAGGAUGAAUCUAAUGUGGCUCCUGGUGUCUUUGAUCUCUUUGACGUUGAUAUAACUAAGAAUAUCAACCCAGAUCAUGUUUUAUACGUUUCAUCUAAGGCGAAUGGUGUAAUUUUUGUACAAGCAUCUUUGAAAGACGAUUCCGAUGGAAUCAGGUCUGUUUCUAACAAUGGAAAAUUAAUGUGGAAAUCAUCAAGUCAGGAUAGUGUUUGUAAGAACUGUUUUGUUUAUUAUUUUGAUGGCACGCCCCAACUGUUAAAAUUGGUUUUAUUAUCAGAAUCAGAUACUGAAUCGUUCAUAUAUAAACAUGUAUCUAAUGGAUACUGGGUAGAAAUAGAUGACGAUAUUUUUACAAGAAAAUUGGCUUCUUUUGAGUCCCUAUCAAAAGUCAAUGUUGAUCGUGAACCAACUCAAAAAGUUGUUUUCAAAUUGGACACUAGUAAUAUUGACAAGUCUCUUGUGAGAUUUACUCAACAUCAGUUGAAAAAUUUGCCUUAUAAUCAGUAUAAACCCAUUGGAAGGGGGUCCUUUUCUGAGGUUGUUGAUGGUUCUUCUAUUUGGAGGUCUGAUUCUGAUUCUGAGUGUAAUUUAGUGAGGAUUUAUCUUUUUAAGGGUUCACCUUUUCUUUGUAAACUAUUUUUAUCUAAUGAUUUGGGUGUCGACACUUAUUUGUACUUUGAGUAUGCUGAUGGCAAUUGGAAUAAAUUGACCUCUAAUGAAUUUGAAUCAAAAUUAGAUCACCUAACUCAAGAUACAGAAUUUGAAAACGAAUCUGAUGCUGGUCAAUCGGAUGAAGAAGAAACUAUUAGUUCAGAUAUCAAAGUUGAAAUUCCAUCUGAAGAUGGAGAAAGAAUUGAACCACAACGUGCAGAUACACUUGGAGGAGUUCGCGACUCAUUUGAAACAACUGAACAAGGUGAUGAACAAUCUCAAGAUACAGAACUUGAAAACGAACCUGAUGAUUCUAACACAGAUGGAGAUAGUUCAGAUAUCAAAGUUGAAAUUCCAUCUGAAGAUGGAGAAAGAAUUGAACCACAACGUGCAGAUACACUUGGAGGAGUUCGCGACUCAUUUGAAACAACUGAACAAGGUGAUGAACAAUCUCAAGAUACAGAACUUGAAAACGAACCUGAUGAUGUCGAUUGUAAGAUUGAUCUUAAUUCCUUGGAUUCAGAUUUAUGCACUUAUGUAAAUGAUACUCUUUUCAAUUUGUCUUAUACUUUAAUGAAGGCAAAACCUACAGUUUUAAUUAAGGAGAUCAAGGACAACGAUUCUGUUGUCUGGUCUAGUUCAGAUGAAAAACACUGUACUCAUGCUAAGAUUUACCUUCAUAAGGACUCUGGAGUUUUGGGGCAGUUAGUUGUAAAAUCCAAAGCUUCUAAACUUGUUUUUGUCAAGAAGGUUGGAGAUUCUUGGCACUUAGUAGACGAGAAUGAUUUUAACCAAAAUUACGGUGAUCUUUUAAACAAAUGCAGUAGUUCCUAA